AGAACUAUCAUUAGCGUCAAAAUUCAAUUUUGUUUGUGAAAAAUUUCAGCAAAGGAAUCAGAUCUCGCUUCCCCAAGUAUCUUAAUUCACUGAUAUACAUAUAUAUAAACAAAAUAUACGCCCACACACCACAUAUAUAUAUAUAUAUAUACACACACACAUACCCAUAUCCUGGGACAAGAGGAAAAGAUUUACUCACCAUGUAUUGUACCUCAGAACCAACACAUGUUUUCCGAAUGAAGAGAGACUUUGCUGCAUUUGUUGGCAGUAACCCAUGGGACAGUAGUAACAAGUCACCAAGAAUAUCAAAUGACCUGAAAUGCAUGCUGGACUUUGACCAGAGUUUGUCUGAAAACACCUCUAAUCCACAACUAUUAUUAGAUUCUUCUGUUAAAGAAGUUGAUUCUUCAGUGCGUGAAGCAAAAUAUCUGAAAUGGAAGAGUGAUGUUGCAAAAUACGAGGCUCAGGUUCAAGCCCUUGAAGUGAAACUGAAACAGUCUUUGAUUGAGACCACAAAACAGAUCAACUUGGAAAAGCAAGAGAAAGAGCAAUGCCAGGAGAAGGCCGAGGAACUACGGACACAGUUAAAGCUGCUCUAUGAGAAAGAGAAGCAUCUUCAAGGAGAAAAUGCUGAAAUGGCUCACAAACUAAACAAAAUGGAUUCAGAGAUUGUUGCUUUGAAGAAAGCAGCAGUGGCUUCAGACUGCCAGAAACAACAGAGAUUCCUGGAACAUGACCAAGAGAUACGCUUCCACAAGGAAAAGCUGUUCGAUGUACAGACAAAGUUACAGACUAGUCAGAAUGAGUUGUCUGAGAUGAAGACUCAACUAUCAUCUACAAAAAAACUUCUUAUAGGUGCACAGGAGCAGAUAGAGGAAAUGAAAGCUUACAAAGAUGGUAUGGAGACUGCCUACAAAUUGGUAAAGGAACUGGAGCAGAAACUUGCUCAGUAUGAAGAGGAAUUGAUUCUUAGGAAGAACCUCAAAGUGCAGCUCUCAAAGAUGGAAGAACUGGAGAAGGAAUUGGAAAUGUUAAAAGUUGAUAACGCCUACCUUAAGAAUAAUCAAGAAAUGACAGCUGUGCUAAAAGAGAAGCUGGAAGGUUCCCAGAAGAAAAUAUCUCGUUAUGAGCAGCGUUUGUCACACUACAACACUAUGGAAUGUGACUAUGAGGUUGCCAAGCAACAGUUACAGCAAUGGCAGGCUUUGAAUGAUGGCAGAAACAAUAGCAGUUCUUUGACUCCAGCAGUUGUGAAGAAAACCAUUUUUGACUUGCAGAACACUGAAGCUUUGUUAUUGGAGAAGAACGGCAAACUGCAGGCACUAGUGGCCACUCAAGAGAACACAAUUGAACAACUCCAAAAUGAUGUCCAACAGCUUGAGUCAAGUGUAGCUGCUCAGCUUGCCAAAAACCAGCAGAACUCGGAUCAAAUUAGAUCUUGGCAGAAACGGUGCUACAGAUUAUCAGCAGAACGGGAUGGUUACCAGCAGAUUAUUGCUUCAUAUGACCAUGAGUCAACCAUCAUGAACUCUGAUUCAAUAUUGAGGACUCGCAUCAAUACGUUGGAGGAGAUGCUGACUGCCCUACGUCAGACGAUAGAUAUGCAGGAAUCUUCCCUGAAGGCUCCCACUUCACAGGGAGGCCAACUAAUGACAUCAGAGCCAGUGGCAUCCUGUAUGCUCCAGUCUGCUGCAGCUAUGUCUACCUUGAGAGAUGUUAAUGAAAAAAUAGAUUUACAACUCAGAGAGAAAAUAGCUGAACUGGAGAAAAAGUUAGAAAUAGCUCUUGAGGAGAAGAACUACCUGGAGAUGAAAUUGGAAGAACGUCAAUUACAGGUAAAUGAUAAAUGAUAGAAGUUUAAGGGAUUACAUCAGCUUUGA